AUUACAACAGACAUCAAACCUCAGCUACCAUGGUACCAAACGAAAUCACUGUUACUAGCAACUAUGUCCAUGGCUCAGAUGCUUGAUAUCAUCAAUGUUGCUAGUGUUACGAUUACAUUACCAGAUAUCAUGCGAGAUGUUGGCUACAGAGUCGAUCAAUUACAGUGGGUUACCUCCGCGUAUGCGUUGGCAUAUGGAGCAUUCCUUUUGAUCGGUGGACGUCUCGGAGACCUAUUUGGUCAUCGCCGUAUUUAUAUCUUGGGAGUUGCUUGGUUCUCUAUCUGGGCACUCGUUAAUGGAUUUGCCAAGGAUCCAAUUGUGAUGUCUGUAGGACGCGCUUUACAAGGGAUGGGAGCAGGAUUUACAAUCCCAAGUGCUCUUGCGAUCUUGACCACAACAUAUCCUGUAGGACCUGAACGUACUCACGCUCUUGCGCUCUUUGGAGGCUCUGCUGCGGUAGGAAUUGUGGUCGGGGUGUUAUUAGGAGGCGUUCUUGGUUCAACCAUAGGCUGGCACUGGAUCUUCUUCUUCACGGCCAUUCUAGGUUUCAUCCUCGCGGUACUUGGCUUUUUGGUCAUUCCUGCUGAGAAGAAUGAAUCCACGGCUGAAGAUCGCCGUGUCGAUAUAAUGGGCCUUACUUCGUUCACACUUGGUAUUGUGGCGGUCAUUUACUACUUGAGUGAAAGCCCUGCUAAGGGUUGGUCCUCCGCCUCGACUCUGGCGCCUCUCUGUGUGGGAAUUGCGUCCAUGGCCGCCUUCGUAGUAAUCGAAUGGAAGAUCGACUAUCCAAUCAUGCCUUUACAUAUCUGGCGUUCUCGACGCCUGGUAGCCUCGUGUUUGACGAUUGUAUCUUUGUCAGCUGGAAUCAAUGCGAUGAUCUUUUUUACAUCCUUGACAUUCCAAAAUGUGCAAGGCUAUUCUCCCAUGAAAACUUCGUUGUGUUAUGUUGUUAAUGGUAUCGGUGCAAUCAUUACCAUCGCGGUCGUGACUAAAAUGGUUCCAUAUGUGAGGACAAAGAUCAUUAUGGUUGUUGGGUGGUUGUUCUUCAUUGCUUCUGGCAUUCUCUUUGCUCAGAUCAAGGCUGAUUCGAGUUAUUGGUCCAUCGCAUUCCCAGCUUUGAUCCUUAACUUCCUGGGCAUGGCACCUGUCUGGCUCUGCUGCCAGAUUAACUCUGUCGCUGAUGCCAAGAGUGAAGAGCAAGGUUUGGUUGGAGCAGUUUACAAUGUCGCGCUUCAAGUCGGCAUUCCCUUGGGCGUUGCCAUCUCCAAUGUUAUUGCGAAUAGUCGAAAUGCACCUGAUGCUAGAGGCCCUCAACUCUUGCCAGGUUACCAAGCCGCGUUCUAUUCUUAUGCGGUCAUAGGAGGAAUGGGUUUAAUCAUAACUAUACUCUUGACUCCCAACCAUGAUCGUAUAAGGGCGCAAGAGGAUGAUAUAUCAGAAAUUGCUGCUAUGGCUGGGGGAGAGGAUCAGAGCAAGAUCUUUGAAGAGAGCAAGAUCGGUGGGAGUAAUAAUAGAGUUUUCGUUUGAAAGUCGUCAACAAAUAUUAUUUUAAAAUACUGUGGC